UGCCUCGUAGUUGUUUUGGUGUACCCUGCCCUCCUGGCCAGAGAUGCGUCCCCUAUCCAUUUCCAAGAUGUGUUUUAACAUGUCAGGUUGUAACAUGUCCUGUCGGCUCUAAAUGCGUUGAGACAGCCCUCGGUGCACGCUGCGUUGCAGUUGAGAAGGCCGACUGUUCGACGAUGGACUGUCCUAAAGGAGAAACGUACGUUCAGGACAAAGUCAUUUGUGAAAAGGAGCCAUGUCCACAGCCCGAUCAACGCAUUGAUCCAAUCUGCCUGAUUCAACCUAUAGCCCUGGACUGUGGAUUACACCUCCCUAUGUACUUCUUCCACGUCGCGACAAGGCAGUGUGAGCUGUUUAUCUACAAGGGAUGUCAAGGAAAUAUUCCAUUUUUUAGAACUUUGGAAGACUGUGAAGCUAAAUGCCUCGUGUAAGGACAAAUUGACACUGCAGACCGACUAUACACUCUGAACUUAAAUAGUUUUACGUCUAUCCGAUAGAAAAAUGCGAUGACGUAGUUUAAAGGUUGUUCAGUUUUUUAUUUCAGAUAUAUCUAAAUGUUACCCUUUUAUGCAUUUCGAAGUCUGUAUUGGGAUUUAUUUGUAUAAUUGUUAUUUUUCGUUACAUGUAUGAGCAUUAACGAGAUUAUAUGUUAGCUGACUCUCA